AUGACAUUCCGUCCUGCCCUCACUGUCACAGAAUGGCCGUCUGUGCGUCCAACGGAGUCGCAGAGCCAUUAUAGGGACUCUGUGCAUUGGACAGAGCAUGCGCCUUUGCUGAUUGAUAAUGGCUCUUCGGAACUUCGUGCAGGAUUCGCCACAAGCACGCUCGACGAGCCAAUGUAUGUAUAUGACAAUAUUGUAUCGCGGUUCCGGGAUCGGAAACGCGGUAGCAAUGUGGUUCUGUGUGGAACAGACUGCUACGUCGACGCUCAAGCACGUGGUAACAUCAAGAGCCCCUUCGAUGGCGAUGUCGUGUGCGGUUUCGAUACCAUGGAAUACAUGCUGGACUAUACAUUUAUGAAGCUCGGCAUUGAUACGGAUCGUAUUGACCAUCCGAUGUUAAUGACGGAAACACUGUGCAACCCCGAGUACAGUCGCAGUCGUACGUAUGGAGAAACGCUAACCAAAGAAAUGAACGAGCUGCUUUUUGAGGCGUACAACGUGCCUUCAGUGAAUUACGGUCUGGACUCACUGUUUUCCGCGUACGCGAACGAUGUGCGAGAAGACGGCUUGAUUGUUUCUGCUGGCCGCACCACGACAACCAUUGUGCCGCUCGUCAAAGGUGUGGGGAAGUUGGACAACGCUAAACGCCUAUCAUGGGGCGGCGUACCAGCCACAGAUUUCUUGCUGAAGUUGCUUCAGCUCAAGUAUCCGACAUGCCCCCAAAAAAUCACGGCGUUUGAAACGCAGUCGAUGCUGGAAGAGUUGUGUUACGUUUCGUCAGACUACGAUGCGGAGAUUCGUUCGUUCCAAAACCCAGACAACCUGGCGAACGUGGAUCGUGUAGUGCAGUUGCCGUACUCCGCGCCGGAACCCAAAGAAAAGACGCAAGAAGAGCUGGAGAAGAUUGCCGAGCGCAAGCGGGCAGCGGGUCAGCGAUUGCAAGAGCAGACGCGACUUAUGCGGCAGGAGAAAGCGCUGCGGAACGAGAACGACUUGAAGUACUAUACCCUACUGCGUGAAUGGAAAGACAAAGAGGCUCCUGACGCUUACUUGGCCCGGCUAGAGAGCGAAGGCUUUGACUCGGAACAGGAGUUUGAAAAGACAUGGAAACGUCUCGAUACAGCUGUGCGGAAGAACAGGGCUGAGGAAUUGGGCGAGCAGUUUGAGGAGGAGAAGAAAGAGCCCGAGUUCCCGCUCGUCGAUGUGCCUGACGCGGAGCUGGACGAGGAAGGCGUGAAAGAAAAGCGCCGACAACGUCUUCUCAAGGCGGGGUACGAAGCUCGUCAGCGAGCUCGUGCAGAAAAAGAAGAAGAGAAGCGAUUGCAAGCCGAAAAGGAAGAGAAAGAGCGGCAAGAGCAGCGCGAAAACCCCACUGCGUGGCUGCAAAAAGUGCGUGCGCAGUAUGACCAGGUUUUGCAGCGGAUUCGCGACCGCAAGCGCAUGCGUGAAAUGCUGCCGAAUCGCAAGAGCGCGGCUGCCCAGCAGCGUAUGAAGAGUAUUACGGCACUGGCGAGUGAGCAGGACUCGACUUCGUCCGGAUCGCAGCGCCGCCGUAAGCGUGGCAACGACGAAGAUACGUUUGGUGCAGACGAUAAUGACUGGGCUGUGUACCGUACCAUCAACGACGCGGCGAACGAGGAAGAGGAUGCGCAGGAUCAUGAGACCCUGGCCGAGCUGGAGCAGAAGCUCCUUGAGUUUGACGAAGCAUUUUCCGAGGAGCAUACGUAUGCCGCAAUGCUAGUACGCAAGACGAAGCUGACCAACACAUUCCUGCGUGGGUAUGAACCCAAAUGGGAUCCGGACGAUGCCAUCCAGUUCCACCAGCUGCAUUUGAAUGUCGAGCGUAUCCGUGUGCCCGAAAUCAGCUGGCAGCCGAUCAUCGCCGGGAUUGAUCAGGCGGGCGUAGGCGAGUUGAGCCGGCAUGUGCUGCAGUCGAUGGAAGCCGUGGACCGUGAUCGCAUGAUUCGACAUGUGCUUGUCACGGGCCGCUACGCCCAGCUGCCCGGCUUUGAUACACGCUUGCAGAGUGUCCUGCGGUCGUAUCUACCACCGCAAGCGCCACUGCAAGUGCGCCGCGCACGGCAUGCACGCUUCGAUCCAUGGCUCGGUAUGCGGCAGUGGGUGCAGGACCAAGCGGAGACGUUCCGUGCCACGUCUGUGUCUCGCGCUGACUACGAAGAGAAAGGCGCUGGGUGGUUCCAGGAGCAUGCGCUGUCCGCAGCAUGGCGUGCGUAG